AUGUGGACAAACAUAAAUAAUAAAGAAAGUUUUUUGAGUUUUACAGCUCACUGGUUAGACGAUAGUUUCAAAUAUCACCACGGAGUAUUGCAAAUGAAACAUUUUCCUGAAACACACACCGCCAAUAAUAUCAAAAAUUGUUUAGAAGAAGUUCCAACUUUAUGGGAUAUAGAUACGACCAAAAUCCACGCCGUGGUACGAGACAACGGCAGAAAUGUGACGAAAGCAAUUGACGAUUCAGUUUUUAAGGGAGUACCAUGUUUCAUACAUACUCUUCAACUGGCUAUCAAUACUCUUUUGAAACAUGAUACCAUGGCACAAAUACUAGUAAAAUCGAGACGAAUAGUGACACACUUUAAUCAUUCUAAUCAAGCUCAGUCAAAACUUUGGGAUUUGCAGCAAGAACUAAAUUUAUCACAUCACCAGCUUGUUCAAGAUGUAUGUACCAGGUGGAAUUCCACAUACUAUAUGAUAUCUCGCCUCUUCGAACAAAAACGAGCGGUUUCCUGA